GGUGCUUCGACCUUGGGCGGAGGGCCCUGCCUUCCUUUUUCCUACCGCUCAUGGCCCCCGGCCCUCGGCUCCAGGGCGGGGCGGAGCGGGCUGCUCCGAGGCCCCGCCCCCGCCUGCCGCCACCAGCCCCGCCCCUCCCGCUGCUGCCGGCUCUCUCUCCGGCCCCGCGGUGCGGUGCGCGCCUGCGCUGGCCCUCGACUCGGAGCAGCCAUGAUGGAAGGCCUGGACGACGGCCCCGACUUCCUCUCGGAGGAGGACCGCGGACUUAAAGCAAUAAAUGUAGAUCUUCAAAGUGAUGCUGCUCUGCAAGUGGACAUUUCUGAUGCUCUGAGUGAGAGAGAUAAAGUAAAAUUCACUGUUCACACAAAGAGUUCGUUGCCAAAUUUUAAACAAAAUGAGUUUUCUGUUGUUCGACAACAUGAGGAAUUUAUCUGGCUUCAUGAUUCCUUCGUUGAAAAUGAAGACUAUGCAGGUUAUAUUAUCCCACCAGCACCACCAAGACCUGACUUUGAUGCUUCAAGGGAAAAACUACAGAAGCUUGGAGAAGGAGAAGGGUCCAUGACAAAGGAAGAAUUCACAAAGAUGAAACAGGAACUGGAAGCUGAAUAUUUGGCAAUAUUCAAGAAGACUGUUGCAAUGCAUGAAGUGUUCCUAUGUCGUGUGGCAGCACAUCCUAUUUUGAGAAAAGACUUAAAUUUCCAUGUCUUCUUGGAAUAUAAUCAAGAUCUGAGUGUGAGAGGAAAAAAUAAAAAAGAAAAACUUGAAGAUUUCUUUAAAAACAUGGUUAAAUCAGCAGAUGGAGUAAUUGUUUCAGGAGUAAAGGACGUAGAUGAUUUCUUUGAGCAUGAACGAACAUUUCUUUUAGAAUAUCAUAACCGAGUUAAGGAUGCAUCUGCUAAAUCUGAUAGGAUGACAAGAUCCCACAAAAGUGCUGCAGAUGAUUACAAUAGGAUUGGUUCUUCGCUAUAUGCUUUAGGAACUCAGGAUUCUACAGAUAUAUGCAAGUUUUUCCUCAAAGUUUCAGAACUAUUUGAUAAAACCAGAAAAAUAGAAGCACGAGUGUCUGCUGAUGAGGACCUCAAACUUUCUGACCUUUUAAAAUAUUACUUAAGGGAAUCUCAAGCUGCUAAGGAUCUCCUCUAUCGAAGAUCUAGGUCACUAGUGGAUUAUGAAAAUGCUAAUAAAGCACUGGAUAAAGCAAGAGCGAAAAAUAAAGAUGUUCUUCAGGCUGAGACAUCCCAACAAUUAUGUUGUCAGAAAUUUGAAAAAAUAUCUGAAUCUGCAAAACAAGAACUUAUAGAUUUUAAGACGAGAAGAGUUGCCGCAUUCAGAAAAAAUUUAGUGGAACUGGCAGAGUUAGAACUGAAGCAUGCAAAGGGUAACCUACAGUUGCUGCAGAACUGCUUGGCAGUGUUAAAUGGAGACACAUAAGCCACACUCCGCCUUUGGUUAAAAAGGGCUGCCUUCCUUCAGAUUUUAUUUUUGUUUUCUUAAUGAGAUUAGGCAUUUACUGCUCACUGGAAACAAAAGAAACAGCUGACCAAGUGCAUCUACUCUCCUUUUUUUCUGAGAAGCGAUGGAGCGGUGCCGUCCACGGGUUUUGCGGGUCCGUCCGUCGGUGUGGUGGAACGCUGCCCUCCUGCAGCUCCCCGUGUGCUCCCUGGGACGGUUGUCCAUCACCGUGCGCUCCUCCUCUUCCGAAGCCCAGCGUUCAGUCCUUUUUUUAAGUAGCCUCUGUAACCGUCUUUAUUUUCUGAAUAGCGUUCCUUACGGCUGCCAAUCUUAUUUCCCUUUAAGUAAUUUCUGAUGUUUAACCCUUUCAAAGAUGCAUUGUUCAGACAAGAUAAAGGUUGCCAUUACCUUUUGUUUUCUCUUGGCGUUUUUGUUAUGUUUUGUUUUGCUUUUUUAAAAACAUUGUAUGCCACCUUAGUUCAUCCAUGUAUCCUGGUAAAAGCAUCUUAAUCAGACUUAUUUUUAAUUAAUGAACAUUUCUUAGAAGUUUUGGGACAGACUUUAUGUAAUCUUUAUAAGUAUGAUUUCUGAUGAAGAGCAACUGCAUUAGUAUGUUUGCCUUAAACUUGUAGACUAAACCGACUAUUGUCAAAUAAACUGUGGUAACAGUGA